UCCCUUCAAGGUAGAAGGCGCUGGAAGCACUCUGCUCCAGGACUUAACGGAACUAAUCUGCUGCACAAACGAAUGCUGCGUGCAUUUGCCAGCCAGCACAGACAGGGCCAGUUGCUCGGCUGAACCGGGGGCGAGUCCCAGGACAGACAUGCAGUUAUGGAUUCCGAAAGGCGGGUCAAGGAGGCGGAUGACACUGAGAGUCCUAAGCGUAGCAUCCGAGACAGCGGCUACAUCGACUGCUGGGACUCCGAGCGCAGCGACUCCCUCUCCCCUCCCCGGCACGGCAGAGAUGACUCCUUCGACAGCCUGGACUCCUUUGGCUCCCGCUCCCGGCAGACACCUUCCCCAGAUGUAGUCCUCCGGGGCAGCAGUGAUGGGCGAGGAAGUGACUCUGAAUCGGACUUGCCUCAUCGGAAGCUGCCAGACGUGAAGAAGGAUGACAUGUCUGCACGCCGGACUUCCCACGGCGAGCCAAAAUCAGCAGUGCCUUUUAACCAGUACCUCCCCAACAAAAGCAACCAGACGGCCUAUGUGCCCGCUCCCCUGAGGAAGAAGAGAGGCGAGCGGGAGGAGUGCCGGAAGAGCUGGAGCACGGCCACCUCCCCCCUGGGCGGGGAGCGGCCCUUCAGAUACGGUCCCAGAACUCCUGUGUCUGAUGACGCAGAGAGCACGAGUAUGUUUGACGUGCGCUGCGAGGAGGCCACGGUGCAGCCUCACAGCCGGGCCCGCCAGGAGCAACUGCAGCUGAUCAAUAACCAGCUGAGGGAAGAGGACGACAAAUGGCAAGAUGACCUGGCUCGAUGGAAGAGCCGCAGAAGAAGUGCUUCGCAGGACUUAAUCAAGAAAGAGGAAGAAAGGAAAAAAAUGGAGAAGCUCCUGGCUGGAGAAGAUGGAACAAGUGAACGGAGGAAAAGCAUCAAAACCUACAGAGAAAUUGUUCAGGAAAAAGAGCGAAGAGAGAGAGAACUGCACGAGGCGUAUAAGAAUGCUCGGUCCCAGGAAGAGGCGGAAGGGAUCCUUCAGCAGUACAUCGAGCGAUUCACCAUCAGCGAGGCUGUUCUUGAACGCUUGGAGAUGCCAAAAAUUCUGGAAAGAAGCCAUUCAACAGAGCCAAACUCAUCCUCCGCCCCGCACGACCCCAACCCUAUGAAAUACCUGCGGCAACAGUCACUGCCUCCACCCAAGUUCACUGCCACCGUGGAAACCACCAUCGCUCGCCCCAGCGUUCUGGAGACCAGCGGGUCGGCAGGCAGUGGGUCUCCAAGCAAAUCGGUCCCUCCCAAAGUAGUGCCUAUGCUGACGCCCAAGCCUUACUCCCAGCCCAAAAAUUCUCAAGAGGUUCUGAAGACCUUUAAGGUAGACGGGAAAGUGAGCGUGAAUGGAGACGUGCCUCCCGGAGAUGAGGAGGAGAAGGAAAGAGAAGGCCCCUCAGGGGUGUUUGUCCCCUCCUUAACCAAAUCCCAGAUGUUUGAAGGAGUGGCCAGGGUGCACGGGUCCCCCGUGGAGUUGAAGCAAGACAGCAAUGGCAUUGAGAUCAACAUAAAGAAGCCGAAUUCUGUUCUUCAGGAGCUGACAGCUGCGGCUGAAGAAGCUGAACUGAACAGUAAGGAGAACGUGGGUGAUGGACCACCAGAGGAAGAGGACACAGCAUUUGUCUCAUCAGAUGCCAUUUCAGAGCCGCAGCAUUUUACAGCAACCAUGACGCGGUCCAGCCCGACGGUGGCCUUUGUGGAGCUUCCCUCCAGGCCCCAGCCGAAGAGCGACGUGCCAGGACAAGAAGGGCAGAAGCAGCCGGAAGACGGCAUGGGUGGGAAGGUGGAGCUGGUGCUGUCACAGAAGGUCAAAAAGCCCAAAUCUCCAGAACCAGAAGCAACUCUAACCUUUCCAUUUCUGGACAAAAUGCCUGAAACCAACCAACUAUAUUUGCCAAACCUCAAUUCUCAAGUGGAUUCUCCAAGCAGUGAAAAAUCCCCCGUGACUACGCCUUUCAAACUCUGGGCCUGGGACCCAGAAGAGGAGCGUAAGCGACAGGAAAAGUGGCAACAGGAGCAGGAACGGUUGCUCCAGGAAAGGUACCAGAAGGAGCAGGACAAGCUGAAGGAAGAAUGGGAAAAGGCCCAAAAGGAGGUCGAAGAGGAAGAACGCAGAUAUUAUGAGGAGGAACGCAAGAUCAUAGAAGACACGGUGGUCUCAUUUACCAUUUCUUCAAGUUCUGCCGACCAGCUGUCAGCAGCCUCCUCCCUAACGGAAGGCAGCAGGACAGUGACUAAGAUGGACUUGGAGCGCUGUCUGGAGGACGAGCACGAGGGAAGACAGGAGAAGCCGUUCCCGGAGGAGGACAAGGACUUGCUGCCGAAGGACAGGGAAAGCGAUCCCCUUGAGGAACAGAGGAGCCCAACUCAAGAGGUCCCGGCCCAUUCUGAGAACCCAGUACCCAAAGGAGCCCAUCCGGAGCAGCAGCUGGAGACUGAAGCUGGAACUCCACUCGGGGAAAUGAGCCCACGGCCAUCUCAGGAUCCACCCCGGGACCAGCAAGUAGUAAACGCACCUGCACCCAUGUCGAGAGACGUGAAGCCAAGAUCCCUCCCACUGGACAAAAGCAUGAACCCCCAGAUGGGGUCUCCACGCGGAAGGCGGAAGAUAAGUCCUCAAGAGAACUUCCAGGCUGGACACUUGUCUCCCUGCUCUCCCACUCCUCCUGGGCAGUCCCCAAACAGGUCUAUCAGUGGGAAGAAGCUGUGCUCUUCCUGUGGCCUUGCUUUGGGGAGAGGAGCCGCGAUGAUCAUUGAGACCCUUAAUCUCUAUUUCCACAUCCAGUGCUUUAGGUGUGGCGUUUGUAAGGGACAGCUUGGAGAUGCAGUCAGCGGGACGGACGUCAGGAUUCGAAACGGUCUUCUCAACUGUAACAGCUGCUACGUGCGCUCCAGAAGUGCUGGCCACCCUACGACCCUGUGAUGUGGUUUUCCAGCUUCCAGAUCAUUCGCCAUUUGGUUUAUGAGGGUGUCGUUGGCAAUUGUCUAACAAAAUCUCAAGUUUGGGGCGUCCCAGAAUUCAUCUAAUUUCUGAAAGGCUAUGCUAAAACAUGAGACCUGUUCUUUUAUAGCACAAUGUUUUGUUUUGCUUUCUUUUCUUUUUUUUUUGCACAUCUAUAAAAAAGAAUAAUGAAUUGUAAUAAUCUGGAAUAGCUUUAAAAAAAAGGUAUUUGCAUGACCAAUCAGGCUUAUGGUUUUAAAAUGUGUUAUUCUCUUCUUUGGGACUAAAUGAGGUCAACGAUGCAAGAAACCUAUUUGGUGUUCAUAGUUCUAGGAAUUAAAGAUUUUCCGUUUACAGAAUUGAGCUGCACCAAGUGCAAGACAUGCCAACUCGAGACUUGUGGUCGCCUGAGCUAGGAGCCGAAGAUGAAUGCGCUUCACAAACGAAACCUCACAGCACGCAAGCUCCCGGAGCUACGGGGGUGUGUGUUGUUGCUGUUGUUUUUAGCAAAGACCCUAGUCUGAGCAUAGAGACUGUAAUCCCGAAACAUUUGUGGGUAGAAGUUAUACCAAUAAAUUAUUGCACCAUUAGUAUUAGAUUUUGUGUACCUUGGACGUUAUGUCCUUACUAUAGCUGUGCUAGCAUAUAAAGAGCAACUUCGUAGUAUCUGCUGGACCGACACUCCGGGACAUUGCCCAAGGGUAGGAACCAGCAGAGGGAAACGCUCCAGUCACCAUUUCCAAAGUGAGUACCAAACUGGGGAGGGGGUUCCCCUUCAAAGGAGUGGCGAGCAUCGCCACGAGGUCUGUGUGACGUGCUUCUCUUCAGGCACUGAAUCAGGGGUCCUCCGUAAGAGACCAUGGAAAGUCUCAGUCGUACGGAGUCACAGCAGGGUGGUCACUCCUGACCUGGCCUGCGAGUUCUCCUGGGUGCUCUGACGCUCCAGGGUCUACCUGAAAGCAGUAAGUCCAUCCCAAUGGAGUCCAAAUGACUUAGCGAUAUGAAAAGCCAUUGGUGUGUGAGCAACAAGGACCUGCCACUCCGAGUGUGCGCCUCCCCCUCCCCAAUUCUAAUGGGCACAUGCUCUGCUCAUUCUCCUUGUCACCACCUUUCUUCGUCCUCAAGGACCGCCGCCGCGGGCGGAGCGGCUUGGACAGGGACUCUUAUCAAGAGCUGGCUGCGUCUCUGGCCCUGCGUGAUGCGCCCCAGCGAGCAAGAAAGGGGUCAGGUCACUAAAAACCAUUCACACUCUAGAUCUCCAGGCGGUGUCCUUUAAGACCGCAGAAAGAGGAAAUUCUUUAUUCUGCCUUAAAAACAAUGGCAAUAGGCAAAGGUGACACGAGGUGGACAUGGACUAUGGGACAGUCCUGAUCGUUCUACCUAGUCCCGCAAGAAGAUCCAGUGGCUGUUUUCUUCUGCGAUGUAAGCAAUAAUUUCCUUAGGCUAGCUAGCAGUUAUUUAUUUCCAUGCUAGAUGGCUCUUGGCAUGUGGGCUCCGUAGAAGUGGGUUCCUGAGCCGCUGGAGAUCUCUCGACCCUGUUGUCACUUGGGCGAGCUGUUGUUAGUGUGACAUUUCUACAGCACUUCAUUACAAAUUGUGCCUUAGACCAUGCAGAGCCGUUGCACAUGGUCGCGGAUGAAUUAUGGAUACGGGACACUGGAGAGAGAUGAAGUCACUUCCAAACUCCCAAGACUUCUCACGGGGGCCUUGGCAGUUUCGCGGAAAGAAAGAAAAAUGACAUAGCGAGGGAAAACAGGACACAGGUUUUGAACAAAAAUGUACAGAUUCAAUCUGCUAUUUUGAUUAACCACCUGCAUGUUUUAUUAAACGUUUUGAUACUGUGGAUGUUUACACUUUGCAUGAUGCACUAUAGCAAGCCCCUUACCACGAACACUGCGCAAAACCUGUACAAUGUGCUCAUUCAUAACCGAUUUUUAUAGAAGACUUUUUACAUGUGGAGCCCCAUGUAUUAUGUAAGGAACUACAUGAAUAUUGCACAUUCUCUUCUGGUUUCACAAACCCAUUUAUACAUAUUUCUUAGAGUCAUUGUACAUGUAUUGAAGCUAGACUCGAGUCAAGAGGAAUAAAGCCCCAUUCUCCCACUGCAAAAUGUACUCUUCCAUAGUGAACACUAGUCACCAGCACAGAAUAAUCUCCAACAUUUUCUAAAUUCUAAUUGCCAACUGUUUCUAUUUCUAUUUGAUUUGUAUUUCAUUUGGAGUCUGUUACAUGGCAGCUUCGGCAGACUAGAUAUUGUUUUGCCCGAUGCAGCAUAAUGAGUAUGAUCUAUUUCUUUUCAAAUCAUCUCUGAGAACCCAGCGGGGAGGAGGGCAUGCGCGCCUGCUUUCUGUUGGGCUGUCGUGUAAAUGUGUUUGUUUUCCAAAAAGAAGAGCCAAAGGAGGAAGCAAGGGAGUGGUUUUGCUGUUCCUGUGGAAAUGUAUCUGUUCCCCUCGUCCUCCAAAUCCUACUCCCUUCUCUUUCUUAAGGAAACUUGGGGAAUGCUUUCUGUUGUUGUUCAUUUUCAAGCGUUGAUGAUGCUUCCUGAUUCUAUGUAGUGUUACUAAUGCAGCAUCUACUACAGUUUCUAGACACCAUGUCAGAUUGAACAGAAGGAAAGGAUCCACCUCCUGUGGGAGUCCGUCCCAAAGAUGUUACUGGAAUGGGUGGCCAAUGUUCUCUAUCAGUUAAACUAACCUUCAUCUACAAUAUUUAUUCCAAAAUGCCUCUGAGAACUAGUAAAUAAAACAAAUGGAAAAACGUUGUCUAAAAUGCAACAGCUUUUAUAGUAAAUGUACAUUUAUAAAUAAAAUACUCAAAUCCA